AUGACGGACUUUGAGGCAACAAGCGUAGUCAUUUGUGGCUGCGGACCAACCGGUGCUUUGCUCUCAGCAUACCUUAGCCGAAUGUCCGUUCAGCACGUGGUUUUGGAGAAAGACACUGCAAUUACGACGGACCCAAGAGGAAUUGCUCUGGACGAAGAUGGUAUCCGUCUACUCCAAGGCGUUGGCAUAUACGACAAGAUCUAUACCCAGAUUGGAACCUGCAUGGAGCAGUUCCAGUUCAUAGGCGGGACCAAAAAAGCGCUUGAUCAAAGACCAUUCUUACAGAUGGAUUAUGCAACGACAGAGGGAGGCACCGGGCAUGUCGGCUUCAUAUGCCACAAGCAGCCUGUGUUGGAGAAAUGCCUGCGAGAAGCGAUGGAUGGACCGUGCGACUUGCGAUCUGGUUGCUCAGUAUCUCACCUAUCAGAGGACGCUGACUGGACGUACUGCCACUAUCGUGAUUCCGAAGGAAACGCGCACCGUAUUCGGUCACGCUUUUUCGUGGGUGCUGAUGGUAAAACCGGCUUCACUCGGAAAAACUACCUGGAGCCUCUGGGAGUCCACAUGGAAUUCGCCGACCGUUCCUUCUAUGACGAGACCUGGGUAGCCCUGAACUGGGAGAUCACUCUCCCUACCGAGAAGAGCCAUCCUGGAUUUCCGCUGUGGACCCGAGGAUACACGCCCGAGCAAGUUUACGAUCUUUUCUUCCCUGUGAAUUUCCGGUUCCUGUGCAAUUCGGAACGUCCAGCAGUCUGUGGGCGGUUUGGACUACCUCAAGACCGACUCUGGCGCUUUGAGUUCGUCGUCGGGGCCGAUGAGGAUGGCGAAGAAAUGGCUAAGAAGGAAAUGAUUAUGAAAGUGGUCUUCCCAUACAUCACCCAUCCAGGGAGUCGAUACGGACUCUCCCACGACGUGCAAUUUCCCGAAGAUUGUAUUCGUGUGCUACGAUCAAGACCCUUCCGAUUUUCCGCCAGAAGCUGCAAUCGCUGGAGUAACGGCCGCGUCGUCCUGUGCGGCGAUGCGGCGCAUGUAUUUCCUCCUUUUGGUGGUCAAGGAAUUGCCUCUGGCUUUCGCGAUGCUGCCUCCCUGGCCUGGCGUCUGGCCUUACUCUGUCGACCGCAGCGGUCACACCUAACAAACUCACAUGAAAAGAUCCUCCAAGACUGGUACCUUGAGCGCAAGCAGCAACUCGAGAAAUCCCUCGCAUCGACCGUUGAGAAUGGCCGCUUCGUGACGAGUAGCAGCAGUCUCAUGAUACUCUUUUGCACUUGUCCUUUUUUCAUCCUGCAGCUGGUACCGCAAUGGCGCAGAGAGCUGCGACUUGGGCGCCGGAAAGGUGGUAUGGUCCGCUACUUGUAUUCGCAGGGGAUGCCAUUCCUCCCCGAGCAUUGCGGUGGCCUGUGUCUACCCCAGAGCUACUGUACGCCCGUGACGCCAUUGCGUAGCAAUAAACAAAGCGCAACAAUCGAGGAAGCCGAAUACGCAGACGGGGUGGUUCACUUCACCGACGAUGUCAUCUUCGCUACACGCAAUUCCUAUACAGGCCAACGGCUCUUCCGGAUCCUUGUCUACCUGCAAAGUAUCAGUGAGCUUCCCGGCGCACGUCAGGUAGUCUCGGACAUCGAGGACAUUUCGCGGGGCGAGUUAUGUGCGGGGGACGUGACAUUUCUUGUCGAGGACUCAAGUGACAUGUCUGCUCUCCAGGGCGAUGAUUGUGGUGGUAUCACACAAGCACAAGGCGUGUACCGAUUGGCAACGGGUCCAGAAUUUGCGGCUUCGCCACUAUGCAAGAAUCGCCCGGAGCCACGGUUCUACGACCCUCACUACAUAGGCAAGGUUCUCGGCCGGAAGAAGUACAUUAUUCUCCGACCAGAUUGCUUUGUCUUUGCCGCGGUCGACAAUAAGCAGGAUCUGACGAGCGCCGCGGCGGCUGCGGUCGCCUAUCUUCAGGGCUAA